AUGGACUACAGCCAUCCGUCGCUCUCGUACUCUCGCGCGUCACCAGAGGCAUGGCACUCUAGAGUAAGCACAUGGCAGGCAGAGUCUGACCGUAUUGACGCCCUCACCUCGUCGGUACUCCUCCGCUCCGCCUCGGCUGUGCGCCAGCACCGCGUGCCUGUUACCGCUGCCAACGGCGGCCUUCCCAUCAUUAACACCGGCGCCCGGCUCACCGCCGAGCUCGCUGCUGCUCGCGAAGAAGCUCGCGCUGCACAUGCGCGUGCCGAUGCUGCUGAAGCUGCUGCUGCCUCAAAGAUCGCCGCCGCUGAGGCUGCUGCCGCGCUCAAGGUCGCUACAGCCCAAGCCGCCGCUGCCCGCGCCGUCGCCGAUGCCCGCGCCUCGGAGACAAGCGCCCAAUCGGCUGCCGCUCGCGCCAUGACCGCCUCGACAGCAAUGCGCAAGAACCUAGUCGCUGCCUCUGAGCGCAACGUUGCCAUGGCCGAGCGCGUCGCCGCCGCAGAGGGCAUCCAGGCCGCCGAGCCCGAGCCCGCGUCUCCACCCGCGCUCAAAGCAACGACUCCGCCGCCACGCGCGUCAGUCGUCGACAUCCUGGAAGAUCGACUGCAAAGCGCACUUGCUUCGGUCCAAGUGUGGAAGCGAACCGCUCUCGCCCACGAGCGUGACGCAACCGCUCUUCGCGCGCGACUGCACGAGGCUGAGGCUGUCAUCCACGCCGCCGCGCCUGCUACCGCCGACAUCGCCAUUCAAGUGACUCCGAGCGCAUCAUCAGCUGAAGUUCAAGCGUCGCCGUCCUAUGCAACCGUCGCCGUCCAAGCCUCAGACGAGCCCGCCAGCCCACCGCCUCGCUGGGCAAGCGAACUCGACCCGAGCGCGCUGACGCGCCGGGCCGAGGACGCCGAGAUGCGGCUCGAGGCUGCGCUGCUUGAGAUCAUCAACCUCCAGCGUGAGAAUCAGUCUCUCGACGAUGCCCAUGCCACCGCACGAGCCCAACUUGUCGAGCUCGGCGGCUUUGCCUCUAAGCUCGAGCAUUGGGCCCGUGACCUUGCCUGUCAGCCGCCGCAUCAACAGUAA